AUGAAUAAAUUUUUAUCAAUUAUUUGUGUUAUCCUUUUUCUCUCGGCUACAUUAGCCAAGAAGUCGACAACUGAACAAGCUGCUGAAACUGCUGCUGAACUGAAAGAUAAAGUUGUUGAAACAGUAAAAGAUGCAGCUAAUACGGCAUAUGAUACCAUUUCACCUAAAGUUGCUGAAGGUGCUGAAUAUGUUAAAGACAAAGCUGCUGAUGGAGCUGAAUAUUUGAAGGACAAAGCUAGUGAAGCAUAUGAUACUAUUAAACCAAAAGUAGACGAUGGUGCAGAAUAUUUGAAAGACAAAGCAGGAGAAGCCUAUAAAGCUGGAAGUAAACUUGCUGAUGAAUAUGCUGAUGUUGCAAAAGAAAAAUUAGCUAAAAUUGCUGAUGAUGUUAAAGCUUCAGCUCAAGAUUUUGCUUCUGAUGCAGCUAAAGCUAGUCAAGAAUAUGCUCAAGAAGGUUUGAAACAAGGUCAAAAAUUGAGUGAACAAGCUUUUGAAGUUGGAAAAGAUAAAGCUAAUGAAGCACUCAAAGCUGCGAAAAAAUCAGGUGCAGAGGCAUAUGAAGCCUCACUUGAAUAUGGUGCUGAUGGUGUUAAAAAAGGUCGAAAAUUGGCGGAGCAAACUGUUGAAUUAGGCAGAGAUAAAGCUAAUGAAGCUUUGAAAACAGGUCGACAUGCUGGCGAAGAUGCACUUGAAUCAGCUAAAGAAUAUGCUCAAGAAACGAAAAAACAAGGAAAGAAAAAAGCUGCAGAAACUGCUGAAGAAAAGAGUGAAGCAUUACAAAAAGCUAAAAGAAAAGCAACUGAAUUAUAA